ACAGUGCAAGGAGCAUCAAACAGUUCAUACCAAUUUCUCAGAAGAUCACGUGAAAACGUACCAAAAAGACUAUUCUCCCUUUCGGUUUCGAUCAAUCAAAUUAUGCCAAUUGCAAUUAAAUUUCCUUAUCGAGACAUCUCUCGUGUCCCCAAAAAAUUUCUUCGAUGAGCGCUAUUUAAAAUCUCUAGAUACGACGUUCGAUUUUACAUGAGAAUCGCGAAUUCAAAGAGAACGUCUCGAAAUUCGAAAUCAAGCGGGAGGAGAAGAAGAGAAAAAGGAAGUAAGAUCGGGCGAGAAGAAGAGGAGGUGUCAGUCGCUGUUAGUUCGUCGAUCGUGCCCGGCACGUGCGCGUACUCGGUUCCUCGUGCCUUCGGAAGAAGAAGGGUGCAUCGGCGAAAGGAGCAAAGAAGGAGGCAGGAAGAAAAGGAAAAGCGGCUGAAGCAGAAAGUGACGGCAGUGUGCUUCGAACCGUCAAGCGGGACGCUGAAGAAGAGAGCGCGUAUCGCAGAUGCGUAUCGCACCACGUGACUCUCACGAGACAUCUUCAACCCCUUCUUGAAACCCCUUUUCAAUUAUCAUUGCCUCGUGCGGCAUAUUCGAUAUAACUUUCCGUUUAUCUGAUGUCACAUCGAUGAUACGAAUGGAUCAAUGGAUAAUGGAAGGACGUGGUGCUCGGAUUCUCUGGUGAGACAAGGAUGGUCCGCGUGAAAAUAAACCCAUUUUGGUGCACGCGCAUGGAUUGAAGGCGAUCGACAUGGACUGCGACAGUCGCAUGUGAAUAAAGACACGAAGAUUUGUCGCUUUAGCAGCGAUUGCAUUAUUGUUAUUGGCGGGAGGGUCAAGAUGAGGACGGUGUUGCAGAUUAUACCGUGCCUAGUGGCUUUGAUCCUAACGAUAGCUGCCGAGGACAAGUUCACGAAUACGGUCUCGAUUUCCUCGAGUUCGCCGACGGAGUACCCGAGCAACACGAUACAGAAGCUGAUAAGCAUCCUGGGGAAGUAUGGACUAGAUGAUCAGAGGGGCCUGAAGAGGGUGUACCUAAGCAACAAGUCGAUUACUUGCAAUGACGGAUCGCAGGCCGGUUUCUACCUACGAAAGUCCCACGGCUCCAGGCGUUGGAUCAUGUACCUGGAGGGCGGCUGGUAUUGCUACGAUGAAAAGAGCUGUAGAGCCAGAUGGAUGCGAGUACGGCAUUUGAUGACAUCAACGCAGUGGCCCGAGAUACGCGAUGUGGGUGGAAUACUCUCGCCGAAUCCCGACGAGAAUCCAUUCUUUUGGGGUGCGAAUCACGUUUUCGUUCCUUACUGCACGAGCGACAGCUGGAGCGGCACCAGGGCAUUCAGAACACCAGACGACAUGUUUUCGUUCAUGGGGGCAGAGAUCGUGGUCCAAGUCGUCCGGGACUUGGUUCCCCUUGGCCUCGAAAACGCGAGCGCUUUUCUUUUGGCCGGCAGCAGCGCAGGCGGUACUGGUGUCAUGCUGAAUCUGGAUCACGUGCAAAAUCUAGUGCAUCACGAAUUGGGCUUGAGGCACGUUGCUAUACGCGGUGUAUCAGAUUCUGGAUGGUUCCUCGAUAAAGUGCCCUACCCUCCAAAAGGCUUGUCACCUGUCGAUGCGAUACAAAGUGGGAUGGAAUUAUGGAAGUCUCGGAUGCCUCACAAUUGCGUGCUUAAAUACCCUAAGGAACCAUGGAGAUGUUUCUUUGGAUAUCGACUCUAUCCUACUUUGUCCGCACCAUUGUUUGUCUUUCAAUGGAUAUUCGAUGAGGCACAGAUGAGGGCCUACAAUGUAGCUGCACCAUUGACAAGAGAGGAAUGGGAUUAUAUACACAAGAUGGGCGACAGUUUGCGGCAUACGUUAGAAAAUGUUACAGCGGUCUUUGCCCCGAGUUGUAUCAGUCAUAGCGUUCUGACGAAGAGAGAUUGGAAGAUGAUUAAGGUAGACGAAGUUUCCUUUGCACAGGCAUUAUUCUGUUGGGAUCACAUGCCGAUCGGAAACAAGAAUCAUCGCAAGAACAAUAUGUACAACAACACUCACUCGCAAAUCGAAACCAAUCAACCGUGCGGGAAGUCGCUGAAGAAGCUAUUGCGUUCUGGUAUCAGAAAGGGAAAUGGCACUUCGAUCGAAGGUGGAAAAAGCAAAGCUGGAUCUUCCAGGCAAAAAGCUCGAUUGUCUGCCACUGAUAAAACACUGAGGAGAAGACCGGUAUCCGGCUUGAUUCAAGAACGGGAGAAUAAGAAGAGACGUAGAAGGAAACACAAAGCCAGAAGAGAGAGAAAGGAGAAAAAGGGGGCUAAAGAGGAAAGGUUAAAGAAGAAAGAAAAGAACGAGCGAAGAAAAGGUGCUGGUCGUCGCAAACAAAUUAACGGCAACAAUCAUACGGUCAUAUUUAACGGCACCAGACCGCAGCGAUCGGUAAUACCGUCGAACGAACGGAAGUGCUUCAAGGACUGCCAUUUCCGUAUGAUCGAACGCUGUACUUGGCCGCAAUGUAACCACAGCUGUCCCAAGUUGCAUAAUCCCUUUACGGGCGAGGAAAUGGAUCUUAUCGAAUUGCUCAAGAGCUUCGGUCUGGACAUGAAAAGCGUCGCGAACGCUCUCGGUAUUGACAUACAUACGUUGAUUAGUAUGGACCAAGAGAAGUUGGUGAAUCUUCUAACACAACGCGCAAACUAGCAAGAGCAUUCUGUUGUAACGAUUAUGCAGGAUGCUCCUGCUUGCUUUACGAAGAUCUUCAUUGGCGUAUCUCCGAAAAGUUAGAUAGAUAUAUACAUACAAUCCAAAAUAUGUACAAAUAUGUAUAUCAUAUGUUUCAUAACGUGGAACGCGAUUUGUGUCAAUGGUCUCGUCGGAGAGCAACAAUGUUACAGUACUUAAAUUCGAGAGAAUAUAUCACUGUUAAUAGUUUCGGAAUUAAAAGCAGUAAACAUCUGCGAAAAAUUAUACGUAUAGCUAUGUAAAAAUAAAAUAACUUGUCUUAUUCUCUUUUUGAUAUAACGACAAAUUAAGAAUGAAUAAAUUAAAAUUCAAUAUUCGCAUUAUACCAUUUUAUGGUAUUAAUAAACAGUAUUGCAGUUGUAUAACUGCCGAAGAUAUAUUUAAACGAAGCUCAAG